UGGAUUCCACAAGCUAUCAGUCAGUUUAGAUCGGAGAGGGGCACCCAAGUUUUCUCAAGUGUCCGGCUGCUAAUUGAAUCGAUCAUAAUUUCAGGAAGAGAGAUUCCUCUUUUAUCAGCAAGUAGAGUAAGAACUGCAGUCAGAUCAACUCGCUUGCCGAGGAUUAUGCCGAAUUGUCGGUGUGAUCAUUGAGCUGCUGGAGGCAGAAGUAUGGGAAUGGUGCAAACCCGGACAGACUGUCAAAUUCUGCUCGGUCUCUAACACGAGGAGAUACCCUAGCACUGCACGUCGCGGUACGACAGUCUAAGAUUGGUCAACGCUAAGGUUUCUGGCAGAGUUUAAGCAGAACCAAACUGUGCCAUGAAGACUGAGAUGUGUCGAGGUUUUAGACCACCAUCUCCUCCCUGCAGACGGAAUCCGCGUUUCUGUCUACGAGGCAGAAUGAAGAAGGACAGGAUGAUUCAAGGCAAGCUUCGCAUCCGUUCUAUGCCUGGAGCAUUCCUGGUUCUGGGGGUUAUUGUGGUAGCUGUUGGCACUGCUCUGGCUGUAGCUGGUUACUGGCCCUAUCGGUUUUCAAGGUCAUCCAUAAUAGAAGAUACAGAACCAGAAAGCAUUUCGGAUCCACAGCCAUCCAGUUGGAGCCUGGGUACCAAGGGGCUGUUCUCUCCAGUCAGUCUCCUCCAUGGUGACCGCAUGAAGCUCCUGGGGCCAGUAAUCAUGGGAGUUGGACUAUUCAUCCUGAUAUGUGCAAACACUGUCCUAUAUGAAAAUAGAGAUAGAGAGACUCAGAUGCUGCUAGCUCAGAUGCGCAAUGUUAUCUGCUCUGUAUCAGCAGCUGUGCCCUCUGCAGGCCUCAGAGACUUGGCAGUAGCCAACUCUAUGACCAAACACUAUCAGUGGGUAAGCAGUCUGCCUGCUGCUCAUCUCAAUAUCAUGUGUCUGCAGCAGCUGGCAUGCUCUGAGCCCCUGCUGCAGACCACCUACAUCAGGGAUUCGCAUCCGGAGGAGGGCAAUGUGGAAGGCAUCUACCAGCAAACAGACCUGCAGACAGAAGCUCUGACUCAUCACAAAGAGUCAGAGCCUGUACCCUCUCCCCCUUCAACCUUGUGUAAGUCACGUGAUCACUGCCAGGUAGAUGGUAAUUCGCAGACAGGGGAAGAACUGUGGAGCAAACACUGUUUCAGUUUACAGACUGCCCCACUCCUCAAGCUUAAUUUCUGCCUUGUGUCUGCUAGCUCCAUGUCCAACCUUAAGCUGGAAGAAGUGGAUUUUCCAGCUGCCCAACACAGGCGUUGUCAGAGUAUGAGCUACAGGACUAAGCCUUACAAAACCCAAAUUGGACUGCACUUCGAGAAGGAACACUUCCCACGCAUGAAGAACAUUCAGACAAAUCAGCUCCAAAUCAAUAAAAAAGAAAUAAGUUCCCAGGGUUGUGUGAGGAUCCCCGUAGAGACGACAGAUGCAGAAGAGGACCAAACCGGUGGAAGCUGGCCUCGACUAGAACUGGGAAACGGGAGACGGUACCUGAAACUGGAGAACAAAGAGGACUCUGUGGACAAACUCCUGAACCAGUUGGAGCAUCAGUGUUCCUACUGGGAUAAGGGUUUUGGCUCUGGGCCAUUCCAGUGACAGGUGUUGGAUUAAAAACACUUGAAAAAUAAUAAAAUAAAAUAUUUUUCUAUUUUUAGUCUUAAAUUAUUUGGGUUUAGAUAAAUGAUGUCAUACAAUAUAGACUAAAUUAUUUACCAGCAGAAUUUUCAAAAAUUGCUUUGUUGUGGGUACAGUGUUGAAGAGCAACUAUGACUUUUUAAUUUAGAUAGAAGUAGCUGAAGCUUUACAUUUUUAAAGAAGAGGAGCAUCACAAACUGCCUGCUGAAGAAAAGUGGAGAUAUUGCUUGCCUUUUCAGUUUGGUUUGGCAGUAAAACAAGAAACUACCAUUUCUUGCCAAAUGAAUGGGCUUGUCUCCCAUACAAAGAUUGUGCACUGGUAGUAAUGACACACAGUAGAGUUACUUCUCUAUAAACAUUUCUGAACCAAUUUAUCAGGGCUUAUGAGGCCAUAAAGUGCUGACAGCUCUCAAAAAAUGGAACUACUAAAUAAAAUGGGAGAUCUUUUCUUAUGUCUCUAAUGACAAAUGCAAUGCAUGUUACAACAGACCACAUAUGCAAACUAAAUGUCAAUGAAAUGUUGUUCUGCUGUUUGUCCAAAAAUAAUUGUAACUUUUUCUACAACUUGGAUCUUAUUUUCUUGUUUGGCAAAUAUUUCUAUCAGUUCUGA